UGUUCAUGUCAAGUGCUUAACAAAUUCGUAUAUUGGAUUCCAAAUGUGAAACGAAGUCGGUUGCAAUUAUGAGGUCAACCCUCCUCCCACUGCAAAUUUUGCUGUCCAUUUUCUCCCCCACGUUGAGAAACAGAUUUAAGGAGAAUGCAAUCUGGGAGAAAGAUUACCCCGAAAUAAGAUGGGCCAUGUCACCCGAUGACAAACGCGAGUGUUACCAACAAUUCCAAGAUCUCAGCGACCCUGAAUUCCAUCGGGAUCUGGCUGGUUUAAGUAUUGACCAAAAACUCAUCCGGUUAGGAUAUCCGGUCGAGCGGAUAAACGUGACGACGGAGGAUGGCUACAUUUUAGGCCUUUAUAGAAUCCCUUUUAGUCCAAAGUCUCCCUUAGUUGAGGGUGUAGUCAGAAAACCCGUGAUAUUGCAACAUGGUCUCUUAAGCAAUGGCUUAUGCUUCUUGCUGCAGGGUGACUCUAAAAAUUUGGCAAUGUUGCUAGCCGACUCUGGCUUUGACGUGUACCUUGGCAAUGCUCGAGGUAACAGCUACUCUCAAGGGCACAUUAACCCUGAUAUGACACUGGAUAAUUGGAAAUAUUGGGAUUUCAGUUACCACGAGAUGGGAAUAUUCGACCUUCCCGCCAUUAUCGAAACCGUAACGGACAUCACGAACCAAGAGUCCAUGUACUUCGUGGGUCACAGCAUGGGUUCCACCGCACUCGCAAUUAUGCUAUCCGAGCGACCAGAAUAUAAUCGACGCAUCAAGACCGCAUUUCUACUCGCUCCCGCAAUAUUUUUAGGUCACAGUGGGUUGUAUGUCCAACCAUUUGCCAAAUCCGUGAAUUAUUAUCAGUACACCUUCAACAAAUUCCUCGCUGGUCGAAUAGACGUUGCAAAGUUUCCAGAGUUACUGGUCGGAUCAUUCCCAAGUGCUAGUUGUUCCACAGAUAAAUAUGCAUGCGAACUUUGUACAAACGUGAUGUUCCGCAUGUUCGGGUAUGAUGGUCCUCAAACAAAUUAUACCACGGUGGGUCACGCACUGGACGCCUUUCCCGUCACCACGUCAACCAAGACGCUGAUACAUUUCAUGCAGUUCAUAAAAACUAACAACUUUUGCAAAUUUAACUACGGAUUUGGAGCAAUUAACAGACUUCGGUAUGGUCGACGGACUCCGACGUGCUAUAAUAUGGACAACAUUUCUGCUCCGUUACUCGUAUUUUGGGGGGCGAAUGACUUCGUCGUGAAACCACAGGAUGUUGGAAAGUUGGUGGCACAUAUACCAAAGAAAUCAUUAAAGGAGUGUAUCAAAAUAGAUUCUGAAUACUUCACACAUAUAGAUUUUGCCUUUGCUAAGGAUGCAGAUAUUUUAGUGUAUAAAAAAAUACUGGAUGUAAUGUUAAACUCUACAUAUGGAUGAUAAUAAAUUAAUAUUUGUUUAAAUAAAUAUGAGUGUAAUA